AUGCCGGAGUUGUUGGACCUACCUCUGGAGAUCAUCCAGCGAAUCUCACAAAACCACUUACCAGUUCAGCAAGACCGACUAAACCUCCUCCUCUGCUGUCGCAGCUUCUCUAAAAAGCUUCUAAAAUCUCUCUACACCAACCCCAGUGUGCGUCCCAAUCUUCAACGUCGACGCAAGCUCUUCUACUCCUUCGUGGAAAGGAUCCUCCAAGGACCUACGCUAGGCCAGGCUGUCCAGACACUCGAGCUCCACCACUGGAGCACAAACCCCACAGCUCAGGCUGACAACGAAGAUUGUAUUCCCGAGGUACACAUUGCCGUUAAAGCCUACAGCCAGUCAGAGGAUGAGCAAGUCACCUGGAUGCAAGACAUCAAAGCCGGCAAACCAGAUGCUUGGCUUGCACUUAUCAUCCCGCGCCUAGUCAACCUGCAGGCCUUGUGGAUAGUGUUCCCAUCUGUGACAAAGUGUCCUAAUCAUGUCACACGAAUGCUUGCUCGUGCCGUGAGCAAACGACCCCCCUUUCACACGGCACCGGCAUUUCCCGCUCUGGCCGAGGUGUAUGUCUCCUCGUCAGAUCUCGACGGCUUGACCCCAGGCCUGGUCAAGUCCUGCUUCAGCUUUGCGUCCCUUCGGAAAGUCUGCGGGUGGCACGUCGGCAACCCACGCUACAACCAGACCCGCAACGCCCAAGACCGGGCCAGAGACCGCUUAGCUGCAGCUCCGCGACAGAGCCUGAAUCUCACAGCACUGGACCUCCGAGGCUGCGACCAUUUCGGCUGCCUCAACAACCUGGUGUGGACGUGCAACGGACUCAAGUCUCUCCACAUCACCUGUCGUGCCUUUGUUGACUGGCGAGGAAACGGGCCGAGACAGCUUGUGAUAGGAACGCCAUUCAGCGUGCUACUGUCGAUCGACAAGCACAAACACACCCUGGAGUCGAUCUUGAUCGAUGCCCACGACGAAAGAGCUCAGGCAUCGUACUCGCAGAAAGUUCCUCUGCAAAUAAUCCAGCGCAGACACCCGCUGGCGAGAUUGUGCUUGAAACGAGGCCUGCAUGGAUGCUUCGUCCAGUUCACCACCCUCAAGCACCUGCAUUUCCAGCUCCCUUCUCUUGUGUUGCUGGAAUAUGUCCAUCCCAAAAGCGUGCCAACGCUGCAUCUGAAAGAUUGCCUUUCCCCGUCCCUUGAAACAUUGCAUCUUGUCAUGGCAUACCCCCCUGCGAAGAUUCCCUGGUUCCCGUCCCAGUUGCUGGAGCUGGUUACCACUCGAGAAAACUAUGUCCCUAAUUUGCACACAAUCGAGCUGAUCGGGGAGCCUUGGAAGGACACAGAUCCACGUGGAGAUCAAGUGCGUUCAGCUUGCGAAGCUGCCAACAUUGAACUGGCGGUCUCCCAGAGACGGGGGGAGUUCUAUGGGUCGGGCUGGGGGAAUUCGGGAUGCAGCAUGAUCCUCAGAGUCCGAGGACAUGAAAGAGAUACGAAGUCUUAUUCGGUGUUCUCGUACGGACUAGAGACAACAAGAAAUUGGGUGGGAAGGAAGCUUUUGUGA